AGAAGUGACUUGCCAGGCUUCUUGUGGGCUUUGGAGGUAGUCCAGAGGAGAAACUGAAGCCUUUCUGGGGCAAGUUCCUUAAACUUCCAGGGGUUCAAGUGACCUCACUUGGGGGGAUCCUGGGCUCCAGCUCACAGAUCGGUGUCCGGGCGGGAAUAGUAGCUGCUGUGUGGCCAGCCGGAGCACCUGCCGUGUACAGCUGGGCCGCCGGCUCCUCCGAAGGGGAGGCCUUCCUGAAGACACAGCUGCCAGGCCCGCUGUACCCUCGGUGCCCUGGCCGCUUAGAGAGCCUCAGCCCCAGGCGCUGGGGGCCGGACCCCGGGACUCUGGACACACACCCGCCUGGGCCUCCUGUGGCCACACCUCCUCGUUAGCACCGACCCCCAGAAGGCUGGGGGCCUGGGGAGGGAAGGCCCCCGCCAUGGCUGCUCCUAGACCCCACCUGGUCCCCUAAGGCCUGUUAGGUGAGAGGGGCUUUUAGGGCUCCCAGGGGCCUCUGCCCCUUGUCCUGGCAUCCCCUUCCCCUCGGCGAGGUGUCAGGGAGCUGCAACUUCGUUAUCUGGGUCAUUAGUUUCAGACGCUGAACUGAGGCUGGCCGGCUCCAGGACUGCUUCCCACAGGGUGGGCACCCUGACCCCACGAGGGAGGGAGGCCUUGUCCAUCGAGCAGCCGAGGUGCCAGGGCCCUGGGAGGCCGGCUGCAGGUGCCCGCCCUUGCUGCCCUUUCUGCCUGGGGCCCGGGCCCCUCAUGGCUGCCCGGGUCUGGUCACAGCGGGGGAACUUCUGACCCAGCCUUGCCAGGGGCAGAGGACACCGAGCCUUAGAGAGGGGAUGCCCCGCAGGGUGCCAGUCCAGCCAGCUGCCCCGCCUCUCAGGCCCAGCCUGGCCCCCGCGCUUCCCGGUCCGGUGCCCCCAGCAGCCCCCCUGGCAGGCAGCCCCCGCCAUGGCCGAGCACCUGGAGCUGCUGGCAGAGAUGCCCGUGGUGUGCAGGAUGAGCACCCAGGAGCGGCUGAAGCACGCCCAGAAGCGGCGCGCCCAGCAGGUGAAGAUGUGGGCCCAGGCUGAGAAGGAGGCCCACGGCAGGAGGGGCCCGCGGAAGCAGUCACUGAAGGAGGCGGCCGGCGGCUGGCCCCAGAAGCGGGUCCUCUUCCCCCCCAGCGUUGCCCUUCUGGAGGCGGCUGCCCGGAAUGACCUGGAGGAAGUCCGCCAGUUCCUCGAGAGUGGGGUCAGCCCUGACCUGGCCAAUGAGGAUGGCCUGACCGCCCUGCAUCAGAGCUGCAUCGAUGACUUCCAGGAGAUGGUGCAGCAGCUCCUGGAGGCUGGGGCCAAGGUCAAUGCCCGUGACAGUGAGUGCUGGACACCCUUGCACGCCGCGGCCACCUGUGGCCACCUGCACCUGGUGGAGCUGCUCAUUGCUCGUGGUGCCGACCUCCUGGCAGUCAACAUGGAUGGGAACAUGCCCUACGACCUGUGUGAGGACGAGCCGACACUGGGCUGCCUGGAGACGGCCAUGGCCAGCCGUGGCAUCACCCAGGACAGCAUCGAGCGGGCCCGGGCCUUGCCCGAGCUGCAUAUGCUGGAGGACAUCCGGAGCCUGCUGCAGGCGGGGGCAGACCUCAAUGCCCCCCGGGACCACGGGGCCACGCUGCUACACAUCGCCGCGGCCAACGGGUUCGGCGAGGCGGCUGCCCUGCUGCUGGAACACAGGGCCAGCCUGAGCACCAAGGACCGCGACGGCUGGGAGCCACUGCACGCGGCGGCCUACUGGGGCCAGGUGCACCUGGUGGAGCUGCUCGUGGCACACGGGGCUGACCUGAACGGCAAAUCCCUGAUGGACGAGACGCCUCUCGACGUGUGCGGGGACGAGGAGGUGCGGGCCAAGCUGCUGGAGCUGAAACACAAGCACGACGCGCUCCUGCGCGCCCAGGGCCGCCAGCGUUCGCUGCUGCGUCGACGCACCUCUAGCGCCGGCAGCCGGGGGAAGGUGGUGAGGCGGGUGAGCCUGACGCAGCGCACCAGCCUGUACCGCAAGGAGCACGCCCAGGAGGCCAUCGUGUGGCAACAACCCCCGCCUACCAGCCCGGAGCCUUCCGAGGAGGAUGAGGACCGCCAGACAGACGCGGAGCUCCGGCGGCCGCCCCCCGAAGAGGACCCAGAGGCGGCCAGGCAGCACAACGGCCGAGUGGGGGGCCCCCCCGGGCGGCACCUGUACUCCAAGCGGCUGGACCGAAGUGUCUCCUACCAGCUGAGCCCCCUGGAGAGCACCACCCCUGACGCCCUGGUCCAGGCCAAGGCCCCCCACACCCUGGCAGAGCUGAAGCGUCAGCGGGCUGCCGCUAAGCUGCAACGACCCCCGCCUGAGGGGCUCGAGGCCGCUGAGUCUGAACUGCCUGUGGACACCGAGACCCCCCAGCCGGAGUGUGGCUCCGGGGCUGGUGGAGACCCACCCCUGCUCAAACUCACAGCCCCCUCAGAAGAGGCCCGCGUGGACAAGAGGCCGUGCUGCCUGCUCAUGUGAGGGGCUGGCGCUUGGGUGGCCAAGGUCCCACCCACUGCCAGGCCCAGGGCCCCUGCUCUGCGUGCCGCAACGUGUGUUCCGGGCUAGGCCGCCAGCCUCCUCCUUCCUCGGGGAUGGACCUGUGGCAGAGGCUGUACCUGGGAAGCACCUGGCUGCAGAGACCUAGUUUCAUUCUGUGACUCUCAAUAAAGGGCCGUUCUGCCACCUGCCCUGUCGUGUGUCUCAGCUGGGCCGCCACUGCCAUGUGGGGCCAGCAGGCUGCAGUGAAGAGGGUGCCCCCUUCCCAGAUUCCC